AUGGAAUUGAGUUUUAUGAUGGAAAAAGAAAAUGGAGCAUAUACCAGAAUUAAUGACGAGUCAGAAGCUAUUGCUAAAAAAACUAGAGGAAAAAUUGAUAUGCGUAAAUUUGGAAAUUAUACAUUAACCAGUAUAAAACUUUUUAAAGAAACUAGUCUAGCUCCACUAAAAAGUGAAAAAAUAAGUGAACAAGAGAAUGCAUGGAUAAAUUUAGCAACAACUGGUGCUUUAGUAUUUGCAGAAAAAUAUGAUGGAGAAGCUAAUCAAUAUGAUAUAAAUUCAAUUUGGAAUAAAUUGCCAUAUGGGAUUUAUAAAGCAAUAAUCGAAGAAAAUCCUCCAAAGAAAAGCCUCCAAUAUACAAGAUAUUUGCGAUAUAAUUCACACGGGAUUUAUACGCAUUUUGAUUUAGAAUGUGUCAAGGAAAAUGGUUUGAAAGUAUAUUUAAUAAAUGAAUCACCAAACGCACUUAUAUAUGAAAAAAAUAUACGAAUAAGUGGAAGUGAUAUGUUUGGUAAAUGGGGUAAUAUAUUAUACAACAUUAAGAAAGAAGGUGGAACAGCUGGAAAAGUAAGUAAAGCAUUAUUAGUUUCAUUAUGGGCAUCAGCUCGAAAAACAAUAUCAGAAAUUGUAAAACCUUUAGGAAAUCAAGUAAAACGAAUUCAUACAGAUGGAUUUAUAGUUGCAGGACGAGUGAAUCUCAAAACAGGUAUAGAAAUGGGUGAGUUAAAACUUGAAAAAAGAGGAAUUUGUGUGGUAAAAAAUUGUAUAACAGUUAUAUGGAAACCGCCAUAUCCGGAAAUUCUAAAUUUGCUCACAGAGGCAUCUCUAAAAGAAUGGAUGUAA